AUGGUCUCUGUUAUGUUACAACUGGGUGGUCCAAAUAUUGGCAGUGCUAAUGAGUCGGUCUUGAGGAAGGAGUUGCAAAAUAUGAAUGUUGUUUUGGCUGAAGUUGGGGCGCUGCAAGCGGCUCGAUCUGAUAUCGUUUUGGAUUCGUCUCGGUGCGUCAGCAAUGGAAUUCUAAGCCCGCAGUUUGUUGGGUCUUUAUUGAAGUACUAUUUGAACCAUAGCCAAGAUUGCCUGCCCAGGGUGGACAAGGAUUUACGGAACUUCAUUCUGGAAUUAGCUGGUCUGCUGGGUCCGAUGUUUGUUUUGAAAAACUUCAAGCAGCAUUAUAAAGACUCCAGGGAGCACUGGAGCAUACUGUAUGAGAUCUUGACAUCGUUUGAAAUCGCCUCAUUCCAGCCGGGGUUGGCGAUAGCUUGGCUGAAGGAAAUUCUAGCAGACAUCAAGUCGCGACCGAACAGCAACAUGUUGCAGUCGAUAAUGAUGAAACGGUUUAAUGCAAUGGAUUUGCGGCUGAGUACGAUUCCGAGAGAGAUCGAUGCCACCUUGAGCAGCGUGCACCCAAGCCGAUGCAUAAAAGGAGUGACGGCAAGUUAUCCAACCGGCCCUUAUUCGACCGGGGGUUACUCUACCGGUGGUCCUCAAGCAGUCAACCUUCAGGGGGGUGGUCAGCAUGGUCAAGGAGGGGGUCAGCAUGGGCAAGUAUUGGAGCAUCAUGGUAGUAUGUCGGGGAUUGCGAGUGGCGUUCCUUCCGGAAUGGCUCGGCGUUCUUUGUAUGAAGUGAGUCCUCAGCCAAUUACUACGGGUCCUGGCGGUGGUCCUAGCGGUGUCCUUCCUGGCAGUGUUGUGCCUGGGGGUGGCCCGGAGGUGUUGGAGGUUUCGCGGCAAGUGUUGAACGACUUGGUGUCGGGAGAAUGGCGUUUGCGGCGGACAGCGUUGGCUAAGUUGAAGGAGUUGAUUCAGGACCACGAGUACGCACCGAGUGGAAAACAUUUGGAGGUGGCUACAGCUUUGAGUAAGGCGCUGAAGCACGAUGCGCAACGACAUGUGUUGGCGGCUUUAAUGGAGUUGGUGGCGGAGUUCCCGUUGUGUUUGUCAUACAGUCAGGUGUUAUUGGACAGUGCGAAGGUGUUGGUACCGUUGUUGUUGCCUCGGAUCAAUGACAAGAUACCACAGGUGGCGCAUACUGCGGUGCAGGGUUGCGAAAUUUGGUUAAGUAGGAUCGGCGUUUUGAAUUUUUCCUACUAUGGUAUUUUCGGAUGUACUCAGAAGCCGCUGGUCACACGUCUGACGGCAGACAAGAAAGAGAUUUUGUAUUCGCUGAUGGCCGAAUGUCUACGACACCAGGGGCUGGACAAAUACCUCCCGAUGGAAGGUGACCACGCUCUCCCGUUCCUGGAAUUGUUAUGUUCGGACGCAGCAAACGAGCGAUCGCAGCCGUUGGUGAAGGUGUGUUGCAACAUAAUUGCGGAGUUCGACCUGUCUGCGGGAGAGUGGGAGUGUUUGCUGACGGCGGUGGAGUCAGUAGGGUGUCUAAGUGCGGUGCAGGAUGCGAUAUUGCAGAAGCUUAAUGACGGUUCGGCGGCGGAGUUGGCAUUAUUACCCUGCCUAGAAAACGAGUCGAUGUCGAAGCGUCUGAGUGCUCGAAACGGACGCUGGAGUCCGACGUCUUGGACGAGUAUUGAGGACAUCCGAAAGUUCGCGAAUGAGUGGAAACCGCACGUGACGGACAACUUAUGGUACUCUAUGUUCCCUGAACUAAGUUCGGCCGAUUUCCAAACGACUCACGCAUUAGAGUUUUGGAGCUUCGCUGUGGAAUUUGGAUCUAAGUGUACAUGUGUUGAAGACCGGCUGGGGGCAACGGAUAACUUUGUGCGUAUUUUUGACGAGCACGGGGGAAUAUUUGACCUAUUAUGUCAAUGGCUGUUGUGGCGUGUCACAGAUCCGUCAUGUCUAGUGCGGGCUACCGCAGCCCGAAUUCUGCAGGAGUCCAUGGCCCGUUUAAUUGCUGCGCGAGUGGACGUACGAUUCCUGCAAGAAAACGGUUUCGAGUUGACUACGUCUAUUUUGCUCGAGGGCACUUUAGACUUUGGGUUGACGGAGAAGUUACUGGACGCCUUCCUGGAGCUCCUACCUUUGCGGGCGGCGCCAUCUAGCGCGGACGAGGACGAAGUGUAUGCGACACUAAAGGACGUAUUUUAUGCGUUGACGUUUGUGGCGCGAGAUGUAUGUCGACUAUACGCGUUGACCAUGGUUAAGUACAAGAGGCAUCCAGAGGUGUUAGAGUUAACACGUUUCAUUAUUGAGCAAGAGGGCUGGCACGCUUGUUCGAAUCUUUUUGGCGAGUUGACGGAAUUUGCGCAAAACGCGCUGAGCGAACAACAGAACACGGUAACUGAGCUGGCAGCGCACUGUAUGGUCCUCAUCCUCCUGUCACUCACGCGGCGCGCUGCCUCAACCGCCUUGAACAAAUUAGAGGAACAGAUUCCGGGUUGCCGCAAGUUUGUUUCGCGCUAUACACGCGCACACCAAGAACUCCUCAGCGUCUUUCCCAGAGGCGGGGUCGGUGGCGAUGAGAACUGCUUCGAGGAAAAGAACGUGGACGCCGCAGUCUAUCUUAGUCGCGGGGCGGAGAACGGGGUUGAGGGCGAACGUGUGGGCAGCCAGGAUGAUGCACCAAGUGCGACACGCGGAGAAAAAAAUGCGCUCCAGGAAUUAGACGCAGUCGUGGCCGAAAUUGGCCUGGAUCAAAGCAUCCAGGCCGCCAAAGCCGAGAUCGAACAAAAGACCUGGCUACUCAAACAACAUCAUACUCAGAUCAAACUGCUAGACUGGUAUUACGAACUACAACGAGAACGAGAAGGUAAACAGGUGGGGGUAGAAUCCGAACUCGCCUACUGGAAUGGCGUCCGCCUCCUAGAAUACGCCCAGAGCAACGUUGACAACAGCUACAUCGUCCUAGAAUGCAAACGCCUCCUGCAACAAGACAUGAGUCAAAUAAGCGAAGCAGCACAAGUCCUCCUUACCAUACACGCGCAAAAUUCCAAAGACACAGAAGGACGCUCAGAAUGGAUGUUGCCCUUCAGUAUGGACCUUAUCUGCGGCUGCUAUAACGCUCUACGUAAUGUCUUCCAAAUAGACAAAAUGGCCAUGCCCAGCUUCAUCAAAACCGCCCAAUGCGUCGCAGAUUUAACGUUUGAGGUAAGUAAGGAUCGGAAAGUAUUGCAUCAGGCUUCUCCAGGUUUGCUUUGCGAGAUGUUUGGUUCCGUACUAUCCUGCAUGGGAUGUCACCAUCACUGGGAUGAGCUUCCUGGGAGCCAAGUAUUGGUCGAGAAACUGAAUGCUAUAAUGGGCUCCCAUUUGCUUGGUCUGGUGUCUCCACGAACAGCCUCCUGUAUUGUCGAGUGUCUCUACGAUUGUGCCAUACCCACUAGCCACAUUAUGAACCAAGUGGGCUCCUCCGAUGUCGCCAACAAACGGUCAAUCGAUGCGGACCUCUUCGUACGAGUGUCCAAACGAUUCAUUCGUAAACUCAACAUGAAACACCCUCAAGUCACUGAACUAGAUCGCGACAACCUGUACCCACUCUCUUGUACCGACCGACUCAACUACUUGCGGACCAUAGACUCGGUCAUUUCGUGUUUAUUAAUGGUUGAGAUCUGUUUGUCCACUCCGACAGAUUAUAUGUCGUUGAGGAAAGCUUUGUUGAAUUGUAUUAGGGAGACAUUUGCCAGUUUGCUGAUCUAUACACCUGCCCUGGUUGGCAUAUAUUUGCGAGAUAAGAAUUUCAGUUCCUGCUUUGAGGAGGUUACGAUAAAGGUGAAGAAUAGCAAUUCUCCAUAUAAGGAUUUCUCCGCUGUUGCUCUGAUGCUGGAUCCUUCCAUGUCGAGGACCAAAUUCGCCUCGUAUGCUUUGGAAAGGAUCAUGAAUGAGAGCACUUCGGUUCGACCAAACUCCGACACGAACUACAUGCUAUUACAUAAAGCCUAUCUUGCUAGUGGCCAGAAUUCCAAGCUUACCCUUCCUGAUGAGUUGCCCGUGUUUUCUAUCAACGAAAUUGUUCACAAGGCUCCAUCUAAUAUUUCUCUAACUACUCUAGAUUCAACCACUGCCGGCGGCUGGACCAAAAAGCGGGACCAAUUAUAUGUCGGGGAGGAAGCGAAAAAGCGAAGUGAUGUCGUACCAUUAGAGGAACUUAAAGUCAGAUCUGAUGCGGAGAUAUCUAAGCUUGGAGAUAAAUUAGUAUUGCAACUGUACAGAGAGACGAUAGGGCGGCGAUCGAUGGGUCGUUUGAUCCACAGACAUGAGCAGAAUUUUGGUGGAAUUCCUUGCUUGAUAGCGCACAAUUGUUUGCGCCCAGAACGCGCUAUAAUUUAUUUACAUGGUUUUGCUAACUCGCCGUUCCAUGCGAUUCCUUUGAUCGAGCGGUACUACGGUCUGAACAUGGACCAGGGCGAAACGGCCAACGCAGACGUGUGGAUCAUACCCCGGGGGCCCAUUUGCGUGGGCGGCGUAAACGAAGAAGAGUGCAUUUACAGCCGCGCCCCGUCCGUUUCGAACCGGCGACUGCCAGAUUCAGGGAUGAUGGAUGGCAACCUGUACUGUUGGUGGGAGCUGUCUAGUCUAAGAACCAAGGGCACAUUCCGGCAACUCGUGGACGUCGUCAAGACCAAGCUUUUCACACCCAUGGACCUCGCCGGCGUACUGGCAGAUAUCGCCGCAGUCAUCGAUUCGACCGCCCUCCUGUACGGCUUGUCGAUCCGCCAAAUAUACGUAGCCGGCUUCAGCCAGGGAGCCACACUCGCCAGCGAGGUCCUCAUUCACAGACCCGACCUCGCCGGAGCCAUACUCCUAUCCGGGGGGUCGGCCGCACGAACAACACGUCAUAACUCCAGACGUACUCACCCACCCUCGUCCACCUGCAACGACGAAAGACUUUGGCAAAACACCACUAGUACUACGCUCGUCAGCACUCCCAGAACCAACACUUUCACGAGUACCCCCACUACCCUCACCGGUAGCAAUAUCGGCGGCGCUCCCUCGCCCAGGGCACGAACAGGAUCCUUCUCUACUUCUGGAACGCCGGGACUGGAAACACCUGUAUUUGUAUCCCACGGAACCAAAGACAAUGUCAUCCCUCUUACUCUAGGAAAGCUGCUGCGGCACCGGCUUUCCAACAAAGGGUUCUGCAACGUAGAAUUCUUCACGUUCUCCGGCGGCCACGAAGUCACCGAUGAAGUGCUGCAACGGCUGGCUCGCUGGAUGAACUUCGACCGCAACCCCGCCCAAAGUGAUGGCAGACUGCUCGCCAAAAUUCACAACCUCGGGCAACCAGUCAGAGCCGCCCGCUGCAAGAACACGGAGGGUGUCACCGGAAGCAAAUCCUAUGUUCCGGCGCCCUGCCUCACACCCGAACCCCUAAAC